AGUGACACACACACAGAGAGAAACAGCAAAGGGAGGAGCGGGAAAUCAAAGGGGAGAGUAAUAAAAUACCCCGAAAUACACCUCAUUUAAGGCCUGACGUCCAGCUUUGCGCACACAGGCAGCGGAUACUGAGCGGAAGAAAAAGUUCAGAUCCCACGAAUCAGCGCGUGGGAGUUGGAAGAAGGAUCGUGACUGACUGAGGCAAGCUCCACUGUCUGUCUCGUCAUGGCAGGACCUGGAGGUGACAUGCAGUGGUGCUUCUCUCAGGUGAAAGGAGCCAUUGAUGAUGACGUAGCUGAAGCGGACAUUAUAUCCACAGUUGAGUUUAACCACACAGGGGAGCUGCUGGCCACUGGAGACAAGGGUGGGCGUGUUGUCAUUUUCCAACAGGAAAUAGAGAAUAAAAAUCCGCCUCAGUUCCGGAGCGAGUACAAUGUUUACAGCACCUUUCAAAGCCACGAGCCCGAGUUCGACUACUUGAAGAGUUUGGAAAUAGAAGAAAAGAUCAACAAGAUUCGCUGGCUUCCCCAGAAGAACGCUGCUCAGUUUCUACUGUCGACAAACGAUAAGACAAUUAAAUUGUGGAAAAUUAGUGAACGAGACAAGAGACCAGAGGGCUAUAAUCUGAAAGAGGAGGAUGGACGAUACAAAGAUCCUAACACUAUCACGGCACUGCGGGUACCAGUUUUAAUGCCUAUGGACCUCAUGGUGGAGGCCAGUCCACGGAGGGUGUUCGCCAACGCUCACACCUACCAUAUCAACUCUGUCUCGGUCAACAGUGACAACGAGACCUACCUGUCUGCAGACGACCUCCGCAUCAACCUCUGGCACCUUGAGAUCACUGACCGCAGCUUCAAUAUUGUUGACAUUAAACCAGCCAAUAUGGAGGAGCUAACAGAAGUGAUCACUGCAGCGGAGUUUCACCCUCACCAGUGUAAUACCUUCGUCUACAGCAGCAGCAAAGGAACCAUCCGCCUGUGUGACAUGAGAGUUUCAGCACUAUGUGACAAGCACUCCAAAUUGUUUGAGGAGCCAGAAGAUCCCAGCAACCGCUCCUUCUUCUCGGAAAUCAUAUCAUCGAUCUCAGAUGUCAAGUUUAGCCACAGUGGGCGCUACAUGAUGACCAGAGACUACUUGUCGGUGAAGAUUUGGGACUUGAACAUGGAAAACAGACCAGUGGAAACUUAUCAGGUUCACGAGUACCUGAGGAGCAAGCUGUGCUCGCUCUACGAAAACGACUGCAUCUUUGACAAGUUUGAAUGCUGCUGGAAUGGCAAUGACAGUGUGGUGAUGACUGGCUCAUACAACAACUUCUUCCGGAUGUUUGACCGCGGGCAUCGGCGGGACGUUAUGCUUGAAGCAUCCCGCGAAAACAGCAAGCCCAUGCAGGUCCUAAAGCCCCGCAAGGUGUGUGCCGGUGGCAAGCGCAAGAAAGAUGAAAUCAGUGUGGAUAGUUUGGACUUCAACAAGAAAAUCCUCCACACUGCCUGGCACCCCCAGGACAACAUCAUUGCCGUGGCAACAACUAACAACCUCUACAUAUUCCAGGAUAAAGUAAACUAAUAACAGGGUGAGUUUGUUCAAGAUCCGGCGUGGGUGUCCUGAACGUCCCCGCCCCCAUCCAGGGUUAUCUGCGGUAACACCGACAGCCAGAAUCCCUGUCCGUCGCUACCCAGCGACCAAACUUUGCCACUUUGUUCUAGACGUGGACAGAAGAAGCUUCUCUCGCCCGUUAUGUCUGUCUGAAGCAGAGUGACGUCUGCCUUGUUGUUUAGUGAUGUUGUGCCAAGUUUUUCCUUUGUCAUGUUUUUUUUUUUCUGCCUGCCCACCUGCCCUUUACUUCUCUAAUGUGGGUAAAACAGUUUAAUUUCCAUAAAAUUCUGACUACAGGCACACUUAUUUUUAUAACCCCGCCCACCCCAAAUGGCUCUGUAGUUGAAAAUAAACACUUUAGUAUGUCCCCUCAUCCUGUGCCAUUGUGGUGUUUAUUUUUCUAAUUUGAUCCCCCUUUUUUUUGUGUGUACAUGCUUUUUUUCCAGUUCUUUUGAGGUUUAUUAAAAUGUACUCAACGGAUACACAAAUAUGCCUGGUGCUUUUUUUUUUUUUUUUUUUUUUUCCUCUCCUCUCUUCUGUCGUUUUUAUUUUGUUUCCUCCCCUACAUACACUCUAGCUGUUCACACAGGACAACAAUACCUCAGCAGUGGCCUCCAGGAUUUUAGGUACAGUGCGUUUUCAUUUAUAUGGUCCAGUGAGGUGUUGUCCUGCUCGCUGUUGCUGUGCCUCAAGCUCUGGUUGGCCAAACGGGCUCAAACUCCAGAAGAGAUUUUCUUUCUUUCUUUCUUUUUUUUUUUUUUUUUUUUUUUUUUUUUUUUUUUUUUUAAACCCUUCCUCCUUUUCUUUUAGAUUGGUUCAUGUGUCUUGACUUAUUUUGUGCAUUGGUUCCUCUUCCUAAUCUUGUGUUCAACAAUAGUCAGGUAUGAGAGAUAGCCUAUACAAAGAAAAUUAUGAUUGUCAUAUUUAUAUUAAAAAAAAAGUUUAACACGUCACCAGAUGUGUUCCGUCCCAUUUUGUGAAACGAAGCUGUACCAUUUUAACAACUAUUUUUUUUUUUUUUCCUCCUUUGGUUGAGUAUUGUCUUCCCAUGGUGUACCAUAGUUCUCAAGCAGCACUUCACAACAGAGAGAACUUUGAGUUUUACACUGGACUCUUGCUGCACCAUCUGCAGUAUUUGGAUAUCUGUAUUGUAAGCCUGCAUUUAAGAUAAACAGUACAUUAUUUGGGGCAUUAAGUCAGUCAAAGCAUCUAUGAACUACUGCAGACAAUGUUGUGGUGAAAUAAAGCCACAAACAUUUUCAGGACAUGAAAUCUACAAACAAUAUUUAAAAUGUGGACAAUAGGGAUGUUGAUGCCUCUAGUAAUGUAUAAAAGUUUUACUCUUGAAAAUGAAGAAAAAAAAGAAAAGAAAAGACUACUUUUGCA